AUCUUUCAGCACAUCAUCCGCCGGGAGGUGACGGAUGAGGACACCAGACACCUGUCCCGCAAGUUCAAGGACUGGGCCUACGGGCCCGUGUAUUCCUCGCUCUACGACCUCUCCUCCCUGGACACGUGUGGGGAAGAGGCCUCGGUGCUGGAGAUCCUGGUGUACAACAGCAAGAUUGAGAACCGCCACGAGAUGCUGGCCGUGGAGCCCAUCAACGAGCUGCUGCGGGACAAGUGGCGCAAGUUCGGGGCCGUCUCCUUCUACAUCAACGUGGUCUCCUACCUGUGCGCCAUGGUCAUCUUCACCCUGACCGCCUACUACCAGCCGCUGGAGGGCACCCCGCCGUACCCUUACCGCACCACCGUGGACUACCUGAGGCUGGCCGGGGAGGUCAUCACGCUCUUCACCGGGGUCCUGUUCUUUCUCACCAACAUCAAAGACUUGUUCAUGAAGAAAUGCCCUGGAGUGAAUUCUCUCUUCAUCGAUGGUUCCUUCCAGCUGCUCUACUUCAUCUACUCCGUGCUGGUGAUUGUCUCGGCGGCCCUCUACCUGGCAGGGAUCGAGGCGUACCUGGCGGUCAUGGUCUUCGCCUUGGUCCUGGGCUGGAUGAACGCCCUUUACUUCACACGUGGGCUGAAGCUAACAGGGACUUACAGCAUCAUGAUCCAGAAGAUCCUCUUCAAAGACCUGUUCCGCUUCCUGCUGGUCUACUUGCUCUUCAUGAUCGGCUACGCGUCAGCCCUGGUGUCCCUGCUGAACCCGUGCGCCAGCAUGAAGGAGUGCGGCGAGGACCACGCCAACUGCACGGCGCCCACGUACCCCUCGUGCCGCGACAGCGACACCUUCAGCACCUUCCUGCUGGACCUGUUCAAGCUGACCAUCGGCAUGGGCGACCUGGAGAUGCUGAGCAGCACCAAGUACCCCGCCGUGUUCAUCGUGCUGCUGGUCACCUACAUCAUCCUCACCUUCGUGCUGCUGCUCAACAUGCUCAUCGCCCUCAUGGGGGAGACGGUGGGCCAGGUCUCCAAGGAGAGCAAGCACAUCUGGAAGCUGCAGUGGGCCACCACCAUCCUGGACAUCGAGCGCUCGUUCCCCGUGUUCCUGAGGAAGGCCUUCCGCUCCGGCGAGAUGGUGACCGUGGGCAAGAGCUCGGAUGGCACCCCGGACCGCAGGUGGUGCUUCAGGGUGGACGAGGUGAACUGGUCUCACUGGAACCAGAACUUGGGCAUCAUUAACGAGGACCCGGGCAAGAACGAGAGCUACCAGUACUACGGCUUCUCCCACACCAUGGGCCGCCUCCGGAGGGAUCGCUGGUCCUCCGUGGUGCCGCGCGUGGUGGAACUGAACAAAAACUCGAACCCAGACGAGGUGGUGGUGCCUCUGGACCACAUGGGGAACCCCAGCUGCGACGGCCACCAGCAGAGCUACCCCCCCAAAUGGAGGACUGAUGACGCCCCCCUCUAGGGGCUGCAGGCAGGGGCAUGGUCUCCGGCCUGCAGCCACCCCCUUCCCCUCCAGCCACCAUUUCAAGUCCACCUGCAUUUCCGCCACAUGUCCUGUUGACCCAGAGGUGAGGGCCAGGCAGACGCCAGGUUGGCCCUAGGACCCUCUGGCCCCAGGCUCCUGCCCCAGCUCCCCACCCCUCUACCCUCCACACCCAGGCACAGGGCUCCUGGCCGCCUGUCUCACUCCCAUGGAGUCACAUAAGCCAAAGCCUGGCCUCCCGCCCACAGGGGCUCCCCAGUCCCUCCAUUAUUUAUUUGUUCUGCUCUCAGGAAAAAAGCAUGACACCCCCCACCCCCGCCCCCCAAUGGAACCUGGCAGAGGCCUCAGGACCCUGUUCCGGGUCCCAGGUGCACCGCGGGCCCAGCACCCACCCCAUCCUGCGUCCUGGGCUGCACACAGCACCGGGAGCUGCAGUGAGGGGC